AUGCAGGCGGGCAGCGCGCCGAACGCGCUGCUGAGCUCCGCCACCACGAGCACCGCGGCGCUGAGCCUGACGCGCGCGGCGUAUGUGCUGGCACGCGCGGAUCUGCCGGGCGAGGACGAAGCGCCGGGCGCCGAGGCCGCGCGCGAGUCGGAGCCUGCGAACGUUGGACUGCUGGGCGGCUUCACGGUGCUGCGCGCGCAGCUCCGCCUCGUGUCCGAUGUGGGCGCACUGCCUCUGCCGCUGGUCCUCAAGCACUUUCUCGGUGUGAUUGUGAGUGCGCGCACCUCGGGCGCCGUGACGCAGGUGGCACUCGAGGCCGUCGCAUCCUUCCUCGACCGCGGUCUCUUCCGCUCGUCGAGUGUGGGCCUGGAGCGCGCCGUGCAGGACGUGGCGCAUGCGGCGAGUCACUGCCGCUUUGAGCCGUCGGACGCGGGUCGCGACGAGGUCGUCCUGCUCUCGAUCCUCGAUCUGAUGUAUGCGCUCGUGUGCCGACGCGCGACGACCGACGACGGCUCGUGCGGUGCGCCUCUGGUCGAUAUGCUCGGCGACGAGAGUACGCGGCUCAGCACCGCGCUGCGGCGCACCGCCGAGCAGAAGAUGAUCUGCAUGCUGCGCGAGAUCUACUCGCGUCUCGCCACGGUGCCCCUCGACAGGGACGAGGCGUACGCGGCGAGCGGUCGCGCGCCGGAGCCGGAGCUCGCUACGCUGACCGCCGCGCCGGUGGGCGCCGACGCGGAGGACGAGAAGCGUCUGCAUAUGGCUAUGCCCGACCCGAAGAGCCGCUCGAUCCCCGCAGCGGGCGGCGGCGACGCGCCUGAGGCGGCGCAGGGGGCUGAGGACGCCGAGGCGGCGCAGGGGGCUGAGGACGCCGAGGCGGCGCAGGGAGCUGAGGACACCGAGGCGGCGCAGCGGGCAGAGGAGGCAGCGGCGCCCGGCGUGCAGGAGGCAGCCGCCCCCGGCGCGGACGACGCGGCGCCCACGAGCGAGCCCAUUCUGAACAGCGAGGGAGCGCCAAGCGCUGCGGCGCCGCUGGCGGACGAUCCGGCGCGCGCGCCGGCGGUGCUGCAAGCGCCGUUCAGCCUGCCGGCGCUCAAGGAAGUGCUGCGCGUUGUCAUCUCGCUCCUGGACCCCGGGAAUUUGCGACACACCAUGACGAUGCGGCUCUUGGGUCUCUCGCUGCUGGGCGCGCUGCUCGAGACACACAGCGCGCUGCUUAUGCGCUUCCCGUCGCUGCGUGCCCUGCUGGAAGACUCGGCGUGCCGCUACCUGCUGCAGCUUGCCAACGCCGAGCAGCCCCUGCUGGUCGCCGGCAGCCUGCGGGUGCUGAUUCUGCUCCUGCAGGAGCAGCGCACGCACCUCAAGAUGCAGCAGGAGCUCGUGCUGCAGUUCCUCCUGCAGCAGCUGCGGCCCGCGCAGGCAGCGCCCGAGGCGCCGUGGCGCACCGCAGGCGAGGCGCCCGUGUCGCCCGUGUCGCUCCCGUCGUUCCGCGCGAGUGCGCAGGGCGAGAUGCGUGAGCUGUUCACCGAGGCGCUGGCCAGCCUGCUCGAGGUCGAGCAGGGCGCGCCGGAUGUGCUCGUGGCGCUGUGGCGCAACUACGACUGCGACAUGAGCUGUGCGGACCUGUACCAGCAGGUGACGCACUUUCUGUGCCUCGCGCUCUUUUCGCCGCCGAGCGGCGCGACGGGCCGUGCGGGCGUCCCGGGCCUCGCGCUCGUGGCGCUGGAUCUCGUGCUGAGCCUCGUGGCGCGCAUGGCUGAGCGGCACGAACAGCCGGCGCCGGUAGAUGCGGCGCUGCCGGACGCGCUGCGUGCGGCGCGCGCGCGCAAGGAGGUGCUGGCCGCGGGCGCCGCGGCGUUCAAUGAAAAGCCGAAGCACGGCAUUGCGUUCCUGGAGCAGGCGGGGCUCCUGGCCCCCGAUGCGCCGGCGCGCGCGGCGAGUCUGGCGCGCUUCCUCAAGGACUCGGCGCUCGUCGACAAGCGCCUACUGGGCGACUACAUCUCGCGUGCCGAGAACCUCGAUGUGCUCUCUGCGUUCCUCGACCUGUUCGACUUUUCCGACAUGGACGUGGCGGAAGCCAUGCGCGGCCUGUGUGAGGCGUUCCGCCUGCCCGGCGAGGCGCAGCAGAUUGCGCGCAUCACGGAGACGUUUGCGCACAAGUACUUUCUCACGCAGCCGGCGGGCAUCCGCAGCGAGGACGCGGUGUAUGUGCUGGCGUACAGCAUCAUUAUGCUCAACACGGACCUGCACAACCCCCAAGUCACGCGGCGCAUGACCAUCGCCGACUACCAGCGGAACCUGCGCGGCGUGAACGACGGGCAGGACUUUGACGAGGCGUACCUCGCGGCGAUCUACGACAGCAUCCGGCGCCGCGAGAUUGUCAUGCCCGAGGAGCAGGCGGGCCAGCUCGGCUUUGACUACACGUGGAAGGAGCUGCUGCGCCGCGCGCGCCUCGGGAACGAGCUGCUGCCGGUGCCGGACGGCGCCCUGGACGCCGACCUGUUCCGCACGAGCUGGCGCCCGUUUGUCGCGAGCAUCGUGCAGGCGUUUGCGACGCUGCAGGACGAGCACCUGCUCCAGCGCGUCAUCGCCGGCUGCCGGCAGUGCGCGGAGCUCGCGCGCGCGUACGACGUGCCGGACGUGUUUGACUACAUGGUCGAGCACCUCGCGCAGGCGACGGGCCUGCUCGACACGGCGGCCGACGCCUCAGCGCAUGCGCUGUACGAGCACGACGGCACGCAGAUCACCAUCUCGCCGCUGUCCGUCGCAUUUGGCAGCCACUUCAAGGGCCAGCUCGCCGCCGUGGUGCUCUUCACGAUUGCGCACAGCCACGGGCCGUCGCUGCGCACGAGCUGGGGCAGCCUGCUGCAGUGCAUCGAGAGCCUGCUGUGCCAUGCGCUGCUGCCGCCGCGCAUGGCCACCAUGGUCGACUACGACGGGGAGGCGGUGCCUGUGCCGCUGACCGGCAAAGACGCGGCGCCGCUGCCGAGCCAGGCGCCCGCGGGCCUCUUCUCCACGCUCUCGAGCUACUUCUUGUCGCCGUACGGCUCGGCGGCCGAGCCGAUGGACGUGUCCGAGGCCGAUGUGGAAAGCACGCUCUGCACGCUCGACUGCCUGGCGUCGUGCCAGCUCGACGACAUGCACGAGCGCGUGCUCGCGCUCCCUGCGCCGGCGCUGCACACGUACGUGGAGGCCCUGCUGGCACGCCUGGCCGCGCUGCCGCCCGCGCCCGAGUACCGCGCCGCGCCGCUCUACUGGCUCGAGCAGCUCGAGCGGGCUCUGCGUGCGCAUCCCGCCCUCCUUGCGGCCUAUGGGACGCAGGCCAUGGAGUGCCACACGUCGCGCAUCGCGCAGGCCGCGCGCCUGCCGCCGCUGGAGCUGGAGCGCGCCGUGUUUGGCGCGCUGCGCCUCGUGGCGGCGUACGCCACGGCCGAGGGCGUCGCUGCGGCGCCCGGCGCCGCCCACACGCAGCUGGUGCGUGUGAUGCAGGCGCUGCGCGAUGUGCCAAGUGCGCUGCAUGCGACCGUCUCGCCCGCGUUCCUCGCCGGCCUCGAGACGGUCGUGCGUGGGCAGGGCGUGCCGCUCGAUACGGACGACGAGUGGCGCGCGCUCCUGCACCUCUUCUCGACGUUUGCGCGUGUGCGGCGCGCGCCGACGGCGCGCGCGGCGCUCGCGCUCGCGGCGCACCUGCUUGCCGCGCCCACGGCGCUCUCGCUCCCGCCGCUCAUUGAGCUUGUGCGCGAUCUGCUCUCGAGCGCGGACCGUGCGCUGUGGCACCACGAGACGGGCGCGGCGCGCCGCACGCUCACUGAGAAGCGCGAGCUGGGCGAGUGGAUGGCGGCGGCGCAUGCGGCGAGUGCGCCAGCGCUGCAGGCGCUCUCGCAGGUGCGCGACACGCUCCCGGCACUCGUGCGCGCGGCGCCGGACGCCGGCGCGGCGUGGGCCGAGUACUGGCUCCCGCUGCUCGCGGCGCUGUCGCAGCCGUGCGUAAGCAUGCACCGCCCGACGCGACUCGCAGCGCUGUCGUGCCUGCAGCAGACGGUGCUGUCGCCGGCGCUGCUGGAGCCAGCGCCGCUCGCGCGGCACCGCGAGGCGCUGCUGGGCCAGAUCCUACUGCCGCUGCUCGAGACGCUCCUGGCGCCCGAGACCGCGCGCGCGGACGCUGCGUGCGCGUCGGCGCCGAGCGACCCCGCGGCCUCGCUGCCGGAGGCGCAGGCGCACGUGUGCCUGCUCGUCUGCCGCGUGUGGGUGCGCGACGUCGGCGUGCUGCUGCGGGACGCGCCGAGUGAUGUGGAGGCGGCGGGGGCGCAGCGGGUGGUGCGGCUGUGGAAGGGUGUGCUGGGCGCCACGGCGCACGUGCUGCAAGGCACGGCGCGGCCGUCGCACGAGCUGAUCGAGGAGCAGCUGAAGAAUAUGGUGCUUGUGAUGCAUGCGGCGGGCUACCUGGUGGAAGGCAGUGCGCCUGGCACGCUGCGCCGCGCGAUCUGGGUCGAGACGUGGCGGCGCAUGGACGCGCUGCGGCCGGCGCUGCGGGACCUCGUGGCGCAGGCUACCUCAUAG